GUCACUCGACGUUAGCCGUGGCCAAGAAUCUAACUGGGGCGUCACGGGUUCGUCGCACAGCCGCGCCACCACUCGGCACCGUGCGAGACACUUGGACGAAGCCCGCGAAGGGGCUACGGGAUGCUGGAGGUGUGCACGGGGAGACAUCUCGGCUCACCUCGCAGGCGGCAUUCGCAGCAGCGGCAGCAGCAGCAGUGGACGCAUCGGGAGAAGCAGCAGAAUCAACAUCAGUAGGAGUGGCAGCAGCAGGAGAAGGAGCCGCAGCGGUAGGAGGAGCAGAAGCGAGAACGGCACCAACAACAAAAAGAGGAAGUAAGCCCCUGGAGGAGGGGCAGUGUGAGGAGACGCAGCGGCAGAAGCAGCAGCAGGGAGACGGGAAUAACGGAGUCAUCAGCAGCAGCAGCAGGGAGACGGGAAUAACGGAGUCAUCAGCAGCAGCAGGAAGAGAAGCAGGAGCAGCAGCAGCGGAGAUGUCUCGGGAGCGAGCCCCUGUGAUCGAGCUCUUCGUGAAGGCCGGCACCGACGGGGAACGCAUCGGGAACUGCCCCUUCUCGCAGCGCCUCUUCAUGCUGCUGUGCCUCAAGAAAGCCGAGUUCAAGAUCGUCCUCGUCGAUCCACGCAGGAAGCCGGCCAGUCUCGCAAAACUCGCUCCAGGCACCCAGCCCCCCUUUCUCACCUACAACGGGGGAGUCAAGACUGACACCAUCAAGAUCGAGGAGUUUCUCGAGGAUGUGCUGUGUCCUCCAAGGUACCCCAAGCUGGCGGCCAACAACCCCGAGUCAAACACAGCUGGGAGCGAUGUCUUUGCCAAGUUUUCUGCGUUCAUCAAGAACACGAGCAGUGCCAACAAUGACGCGCUCGAGAAGGCGCUGCUGAAGGCGCUGGGCCGCCUGGACGACUUCCUCGUGACUCCGCUGCCGGACGAGGAGGCGGUGGAGGGCGAGGACGGAACGCCCCGCACGAGCUCCACCCGCAGCUUCCUGGACGGAGAGCGGCUCACACUCGCCGACUGUAACCUGCUGCCCAAGCUGCACACCAUGCAGGUCGUUCUGAGGAAGUUCAAGGGAAUGGAAAUCCCCGCGCAGUUCACGGGGAUUGCGCGGUACCUCAAGCACGCGUGCGCGCAGCCAGAGUUCACCGACACGUGCCCGGCCGACGGCGAAAUCGAGGCGGCCUACACCUCCGUGGCCCGGCCCCUCGCAUAGACGCGGCGCGGCACGGCGCCACACGGCACGGCACGGCGCCGCACGGCACGGCGCCACACGGCACAGCACGGCGCCACACGGCACGGCACGGCGCCACACGGCACGGCACGGCACGGCGCAGCACGGCGGGUGUAACGGCCACUCCCCCUCACUCCUAACGCGUUGCAGCAUCAGCUCUGUCCCUGGUUUUCCACCGGUGACCAUUCCAGACAUGUCUCUCGCUCAGCACUAGGCCUAUUCACAUUUGUGCAGCGUACUGUAAUAGCCAUCAACGCGAUGUACGUACGGAUGUAGAACUUCUUUCGCGCCGUACGUAGCCAACCGCGCUAAUCGGAGGUGCGGGGUAGGACAGUAACAUAUCGGCCACGGAGGCAUUGUCGGACAUUGAGUCGUCGCACGUUCCACGGCUCAACGUCAACCAACGUUGGUCCAACGUUUGCAUCUGCCUGACUGCCAUACUCGUUUCUUUGUAACUGCCAUACUUGUCAAUCUCCGUUUAAACUAAACUAUAAACUAAUUUUUAUUUUCCAGGUAAGGCCCACUGAGCUGUAUAGCUCAUUUUCAGAAGUGACCUGGCCACAAAUGAUAGCUCAAAGAAGUGGCUUAGCAUGUGGACAU